AUGUACCGUAGGAAGUCUUACGCUUGGUCGGAAAGCAACGCUCAGACUCGACACAUGCCUUUCGCAGCUGUCAGUCCACUGCAAUUACCUUUCCCCGGAUCCCCUUACCUGCGCUGCCGGACAAGUCACAGUUGGACUGCUUAUCUCGACUUCAUGCUUUCUCUUAUCCACAAAUCAGAACAUCAGACAAUUGACAGGAAUUGUCCCGACUCGAUCUCACCCCAAUGUCUCUCUGACAUGCUUCUACGCUCCCUCAUUACACGUCGUCUCACCGCUCAACUUGACCUCACCUCAACACCACUCAUCCAAGACACCUCGCAACCUGCAUCACAGAUCGUGGCCUCUCUCCUGACGACCGAACACCCCUGCCAUAUGGAGCCUUGCCCUCCUCUUGUCCCAAUACAGCCUCGCUGCUGGUCCCAACUGCCGCCCGUUGGGCCAACUCAUCUCACCCACACCAUCCUCAGCCUGCAUCCACACACACACAUUCACUCACACACCUCUGCUGUCAUGUCCACCGCUCCAAUCUUCCGCCGACCUUGA